AUGGAGAAGGGUAGAACUGUGGUGGUUUCCGCUCUGCAGUUUGCUUGCACCGAUGAUGUCUCAACGAAUGUUGACACUGCCGAGAGGCUGGUUCGAGCUGCACAUAAACUGGGUGCAAACAUCAUUCUUAUUCAGGAACUCUUUGAAGGUUAUUACUUCUGUCAAGCACAAAGAGAGGAUUACAUUCAAAGAGCUAAACCAUAUAAGGACCAUCCCACAAUCUUCAGGAUGCAGAAACUUGCUAAAGAGUUAGGCGUAGUCAUACCAGUUAGCUUCUUUGAGGAGGCAAACAAUGCACACUAUAAUUCAAUAGCCAUAAUUGAUGCUGAUGGCACUGAUCUCGGGAUUUAUAGAAAGUCCCAUAUUCCUGAUGGACCUGGUUACGAGGAAAAGUUCUACUUUAAUCCAGGUGAUACUGGAUUUAAGGUUUUCCAGACUAAAUUUGCAAAAAUUGGAGUUGCUAUUUGCUGGGAUCAGUGGUUUCCUGAGGCAGCCCGUGCAAUGGUGCUUCAAGGUGCUGAGAUUUUAUUCUAUCCUACUGCUAUUGGGACUGAACCACAUGAUGGAAGCAUUGAUUCACGUGACCACUGGAAACGAGUAAUGCAAGGACAUGCUGGGGCCAAUUUGGUACCUCUUGUGGCUUCAAAUAGGAUUGGAAAGGAGAUAAUUGAGACUGAGCAUGGAAAAAGUGAGAUAACAUUUUAUGGAAACUCCUUCAUAGCAGGACCUACUGGAGAAAUUGUAUCAAUUGCUGACGAUAAAGAUGAAGCAGUUCUUAUUGCAAAAUUUGAUUUAAACAAGAUCAAAUCCAUGAGACAUUGUUGGGGGGUAUUCCGUGAUAGGCGUCCAGAUCUAUAUAAGGUGCUUUUAACAUUAGAUGGCAACAAUACUGUUGGUGAUAGAUAA